AUGCUAGGAGCAACUCACCUGGCUGGUGGGGGUGCUGGGAGCAACUCACAUGGCCGGUGGGGGUGCUUGAAGCAACUCGCCUGGCUGGUGGGGGUGCUGGGAGCAACUCACCUUGCCGAUGGGGAUGCUAGGAGCAACUCACCUGGCUGGUGGGGGUGCUGGGAGCAACUCAACUGGCUGGUGGGGGUGCUGGGAGCAACUCGCCUCGCUGGUGGGGGUGCUGGGAGCAACUCGCCUGUCUGGUGGGGGUGUUGGGAGCAACUCGACUGGCUGGUGGGAGUGCUGGGAGCAACUCAACUGGCUGGUGGGGGUGCUGGGAGCAACUCACCUGGCUGGUGGGGGUGCUGGGAGCAACUCACUUGGCUGAUGGGGGUGCUGGGAGCAACUCACCUGGCUGGUGGGGGUGCUGGGAGCAACUCACCUGGCUGGUGGGGGUGCUGGGAGCAAGUCACCUGGCUGGUGGGGGUGCUGGGAGCAACUCACCUGGCUGGUGGGGGUGCUGAGAGCAACUCACCUGGCUGGUGGGGGUGCUGGGAGCAACUCACAUGGCCGGUGGGGGUGCUGGGAGCAACUCGCCUGGCUGGUGGGGGUGCUGGGAGCAACUCAACUGGCUGGUGGGGGCGCUGGGAGCAACUCGUCUGGCUGGUGGGAGUGCUGGGAGCAACUCGCCUGGCUGGUGGGGGUGCUGGGAGCAACUUGCCUGGCUGGUGGGGGCGCUGGGAGCAACUCGUCUGGCUGGUGGGGGUGCUGGGAGCAACUCACCUGGCUCGUGGGGGUGCUGGGAGCAACUCGCCUGGCUGGCGGGGGUGCUGGGAGCAACUUGCCUGGCUGGUGGGGGUGCUAGGAGCAACUUGCCUGGCUGGUGGGGGUGCUGGGAGCAACUCGCCUGGCCGGUGGGGGUGCUGGGAGCAACUCACCUGUUUGGUGGGGGUGCUGGGAGCAACUCGCCUGGCUGGUGGGGGUGCUGGGAGCAACUCGCUUGGCCGGUGGGGGUGCUGGGAGCAACUCGCCUGGCUGGUGGGGGUGCUGGGAGCAACUCGCCUGGCUGGUGGGGGUGCUGGGAGCAACUCCCCUGGCUGGUGGGGGUGCUGGGAGGAACUCGCCUGGCUGGAGCAACUCACCUGGCUGGUGGGGGUGCUGGGAGCAACUCGCUUGGCUGGUGGGGGUGCUGGGAGCAACUCGCCUGGCUGGUGGGGGUGCUGUGAGCAACUCGCCUGGCUGGUGGGGGUGCUGGGAGCAACUCGCCUGGCUGGUGGGGGUGCUGGGAGCAACUCGCCUGGCUGGUGGGGGUGUUGGGAGCAACUCGCCUGGCUGGUGGGGGUGCUGGGAGCAACUCGUCUGGCUGGUGGGGGUGCUGGGAGCAACUCGCCUGGCUGGUGGGGGUGCUGGGAGCAACUCACCUGGCUGGUGGGGGUGCUGGGAGCAACUCGACUGGCUGGUGGGGGUGCUGGGAGCAACUCGCCUGGCUGGUGGGGGUGUUGGGAGCAACUCGCCUGGCUGGUGGGGGUGCUGGGAGCAACUCGUCUGGCUGGUGGGGGUGCUGGGAGCAACUCACCUGGCUGGUGGGGGUGCUGGGAGCAACUCGCCUGGCUGGUGGGGGUGUUGGGAGCAACUCGCCUGGCUGGUGGGGGUGCUCGGAGCAACUCGUCUGGCUUGUGGGGGUGCUGGGAGCAACUCACCUGGAUAAUGGGGGUGCUGGGAGCAACUCGCCUGACUGGUGCGGGUGCUGGGAGCAACUCGCCUAGCCGGUGGGGGUGCUGGGAGCAACUCGCCUGGCUGGUGGGGGUGUUGGGAGCAACUCGCCUGGCUGGUGGGGGUGCUGGGAGCAACUCGUCUAGCUGGUGGGGGUGCUGGGAGCAACUCACCUGGCUGGUGGGGGUGCUGGGAGCAACUCGCUUGGCUGGUGGGGGUGCUGGGAGCAACUCGCCUGGCGGGUGCGGGUGCUGGGAGCAACUCGUCUGGCUGGUGGGGGUGCUGGGAGCAACUCGCCUGGCUGGUGGGGGUGCUGGGAGCAACUCGACUGGCUGGUGGGGGUGCUGGGAGCAACUCAACUGGCUGGUGGGGGUGCUGGGAGCAACUCGCCUGGCUGGUGGGGGUGCUGGGAGCAACUCAACUGGCUGGUGGGGGCGCUGGGAGCAACUCGUCUGGCUGGUGGGAGUGCUGGGAGCAACUCGCCUGGCUGGUGGGGGUGCUGGGAGCAACUUCCCUGGCUGGUGGGGGCGCUGGGAGCAACUCGUCUGGCUGGUGGGGGUGCAGGGAGCAACUCACCUGGCUGGUGGGGGUGCUGGGAGCAACUCGCCUGGCUGGCGGGGGUGCUGGGAGCAACUUGCCUGGCUGGUGGGGGUGCUAGGAGCAACUUGCCUGGCUGGUGGGGGUGCUGUGAGCAACUCGCCUGGCCGGUGGGGGAGCUGGGAGCAACUCACCUGUCUGGUGGGGGUGCUGGGAGCAACUCGCCUGGCUGGUGGGGGUGCUGGGAGCAACUCGCUUGGCCGGUGGGGGUGCUGGGAGCAACUCGCCUGGCUGGUGGGGGUGCUAGUAGCAACUCGCCUGGCUGGUGGGGGUGCUGGGAGCAACUCGCCUGGCUGGUGGGGGUGCUGGGAGCAACUCGCCUGGCUGGUGGGGGUGGUGGGAGCAACUCGCCUGGCUGGUGGGGGUGCUGGGAGCAACUCACCUGGCUGGUGGGGGUGCUGGGAGCAACUCACCUGGCUGGUGGGGGUGCUGGGAGCAACUCGCCUGGCUGGUGGGGGUGCUGGGAGCAACUCGCCUGGCUGGUGGGGGUGCUGGGAGCAACUCGCCUGGCUGGUGCGGGUGCUGGGAGCAACUCGCCUAGCCGGUGGGGGUGCUGGGAGCAACUCGCCUGGCUGGUGGGGGUGUUGGGAGCAACUCGCCUGGCUGGUGGGGGUGCUGGGAGCAACUCGUCUGGCUGGUGGGGGUGCUGGGAGCAACUCACCUGGCUGGUGGGGGUGCUGGGAGCAACUUGCUUGGCUGGUGGGGGUGCUGGGAGCAACUCGCCUGGCGGGUGCGGGUGCUGGGAGCAACUCGUCUGGCUGGUGGGGGUGCUGGGAGCAACUCGCCUGGCUGGUGGGGGUGCUGGGAGCAACUCGACUGGCUGGUGGGGGUGCUGGGAGCAACUCAACUGGCUGGUGGGGGUGGUGGGAGCAACUCGCCUGGCUGGUGGGGGUGCUGGGAGCAACUCAACUGGCUGGUGGGGGCGCUGGGAACAACUCGUCUGGCUGGUGGGAGUGCUGGGAGCAACUCGCCUGGCUGCAACUCGCCUGGCUGGUGGGGGUGCUGGGAGCAACUCGCCUGGCUGGUGGGGGUGCUGGGAGCAACUCGCCUGGCUGGUGGGGGUGGUGGGAGCAACUCGCCUGGCUGGUGGGGGUGCUGGGAGCAACUCACCUGGCUGGUGGGGGUGCUGGGAGCAACUCACCUGGCUGGUGGGGGUGCUGGGAGCAACUCGCCUGGCUGGUGGGGGUGCUGGGAGCAACUCGCCUGGCUGGUGGGGGUGCUGGGAGCAACUCGCCUGGCUGGUGGGGGUGCUGGGAGCAACUGGCCUGGCCGGUGGGGGUGCUGAGAGCAACUCACCUGGCUGGUGGGGGUGCUGGGAGCAACUCACCUGGCUGGUGGGGGUGCUGGGAGCAACUCGUCUGGCUGGUGGGGGUGCUGGGAGCAACUCACCUGGCUGGUGGGGGUGCUGGGAGCAACUCGCCUGGCUGGUGGGGGUGUUGGGAGCAACUCGCCUGGCUGGUGGGGGUGCUCGGAGCAACUCGUCUGGCUGGUGGGGGUGCUGGGAGCAACUCACCUGGAUGGUGGGGGUGCUGGGAGCAACUCGCCUGGCUGGUGGGGGUGCUGGGAGCAACUCGCCUGGCUGGUGGGGGUGCUGGGAGCAACUCGCCUGGCUGGUGGGGGUGUUGGGAGCAACUCGCCUGGCUGGUGGGGGUGCUGGGAGCAACUGGUCUGGCUGGUGGGGGUGCUGGGAGCAACUCACCUGGCUGGUGGGGGUGCUGGGAGCAACUCGCCUGGCUGGUGGGGGUGUUGGGAGCAACUCGCCUGGCUGGUGGGGGUGCUCGGAGCAACUCGUCUGGCUGGUGGGGGUGCUGGGAGCAACUCACCUGGAUGGUGGGGGUGCUGGGAGCAACUCGCCUGGCUGGUGCGGGUGCUGGGAGCAACUGGCCUAGCCGGUGGGGGUGCUGGGAGCAACUCACCUGGCUGGUGGGGGUGCUAGGAGCAACUCGAAUGGCUGGUGGGGGUGCUGGGAGCAACUCGCCUGGCUGGUGGGGGUGCUGGGAGCAACUCCCCUGGCUGGUGGGGGUGCUCGGAGCAACUCGUCUGGCUGGUGGGGGUGCUGGGAGCAACUCACCUGGAUGGUGGGGGUGCUGGGAGCAACUCGCCUGGCUGGUGGGGGUGCUGGGAGCAACUCGCCUGGCUGGUGGGGGUGCUGGGAGCAACUCGCCUGGCUGGUGGGGGUGUUGGGAGCAACUCGCCUGGCUGGUGGGGGUGCUGGGAGCAACUGGUCUGGCUGGUGGGGGUGCUGGGAGCAACUCACCUGGCUGGUGGGGGUGCUGGGAGCAACUCGCCUGGCUGGUGGGGGUGUUGGGAGCAACUCGCCUGGCUGGUGGGGGUGCUCGGAGCAACUCGUCUGGCUGGUGGGGGUGCUGGGAGCAACUCACCUGGAUGGUGGGGGUGCUGGGAGCAACUCGCCUGGCUGGUGCGGGUGCUGGGAGCAACUGGCCUAGCCGGUGGGGGUGCUGGGAGCAACUCACCUGGCUGGUGGGGGUGCUAGGAGCAACUCGAAUGGCUGGUGGGGGUGCUGGGAGCAACUCGCCUGGCUGGUGGGGGUGCUGGGAGCAACUCCCCUGGCUGGUGGGGGUGCUGGGAGCAACUCACCUGGCUGGUGGGGGUGCUGGUAGCAAGUCACCUGGCUGGUGGGGGUGCUGGGAGCAACUCGCCUGGCUGGUGGGGGUGCUGGGAGCAACUCGCCUGGCUGGUGGGGGUGUUGGGAGCAACUCGCCUAGCUGGUGGGGGUGUUGGGAGCAACUCGCCUGGCUGGUGGGGGUGCUAGGAGCAACUCACCUGGCUGGUGGGGGUGCUAGGAGCAACUCAACUGGAUAG